AUGGCAAAUAGUUCUGAUCGGCAGGGCUUGGAGCCCAGGAUUAUUAGAACUCUGGGUUCACAAACGCUAGGUGGCCCUAAUGCUCCUCAUAAAUCCUCAAAUACAGAGGCAAAUCCUACGUUUUCCGAAAAUUCAAAUGAAGCGUUGAUCAAGACAACUUCCCCGACCCCUUUAUCCACACCUAUUUAUAGGAUAGCCCAAGCUUGUGAUAGGUGUCGAUCUAAAAAGACAAGAUGUGACGGAAAAAGGCCACAGUGUUCACAAUGUGCUGCUGUCGGGUUUGAAUGCAGAAUAAGCGACAAACUGCUAAGGAAGGCAUAUCCAAAAGGAUAUACAGAAAGUCUAGAAGAAAGAGUGCGUGAACUAGAGGCAGAAAAUAAGAGAUUGUUAGCAAUAUGUGAUAUCAAAGAACAGCAAAUAAACCUCGUUUCACAGUCACGGCCACCAACAUCUUUGGAUAAUACUGUUAACGAUAAUUUUAAGCAAGAGUUGAAAGACGCGCCAUUGAAUUUGUCUUCUGCAAACAUUUAUCUAUUAAACCAGACUGCUAAUAAGCAACUCCAAAAUGGUAAAGUUGACAAUAAUCGUAGUGAUUCGACUAUGGGUUUACUGGCAACGUCUCCUCCACUGUCACAUAAAGACCAUGUUUGUGAUGGUGUUUCAUGUACAAACAAUCUGCAUGCUAAGCCUACUUCCACGAGUUUGAACGAUCCAACCGUCAUUUCAUUCGAACAGAAUGAAGCUCCAGGCCUCCCCGCUGUAAAGGCUUUAAAAUCUAUGACAACUCACCAACGUAGCACUCAGUUGGCAACUUUGGUUUCUUUAUCCAUUCCAAGAUCAACUGAAGAGAUUUUAUUCAUUCCCCAACUCCUAACCAGAAUCAGGCAAAUCUUUGGCUUCAACUCAAAGCAAUGCCUAUAUACGGUAUCGUUGUUGUCUUCAUUAAAGAAUUGGUUGCCAGCGCCAAAACUUUUGUUGUCCUCAACUUCAACAAAACUAAAAGAAAACGAUGAUUCAGCAUUUUUGAAUACCUUCGAAACAACAAGUCUUGCUGAGUUUGAUGAUUUAAAGGAGUUUUUAAUCUCUUUGAAGUUUGACAUUAAUUCAUUUUCAAACCAACAACCAGGAACACUGAAUGGCAAUCCCAAUAAUGACUUACUUUCGUUGAACGAGAUCAAAGAGCUUCUACAUUUGUUUUUCAAGUUUUGGUCAAACCAAGUACCAAUUUUAAACAAUGACCAUUUCCUAUUAUAUUUCAAUAAUUUUGUUGAAGUUAUCAAAGAUUUACCUUUGGAAAUUAAAAAAGCUAAUAGCGGCACUAACACUCACGCAACCACCAACCAUCAAAUAUUUGCCUUGAAGCUCAUAGUAAUGUUACAAAUGGGGUUGCUAAUUAAGAUUAAAAAAGAGAAAAUAAAAGAUACCGUGCCAAGGAAUCCGAAUGCAAAGUUUGCCAAAUUAUUAGUGUAUUAUCAUGAGAUCUCCUCAAUCAUUCCGAAAAAUCCGUACUUCUUAAACAUGUCCACAACUUCCCUUCCAUCUUUACAAUUGUUAUCCUUGACGUCGUUUUAUUUCCUAAACGUUGGUGAUAUUCCGGCAAUUUACGGAUUGAGAGGCCGUAUAGUUUCUAUGUCACAACAAUUAAGGCUCCACAGGUGUCCCAGUGCAGUAUUAAGUGUACAUUCUAAUCCAGUUCUACAAAAAUUUGAACAAAGUGAAAGAAGAUUACUAUUUUGGGCGGUUUAUUAUAUUGACGUUUUUGCAUCUUUACAAUUGGGUGUUCCUCGUUUACUUAAGGAUUUUGAUAUUGAAUGUGCGUUACCAAUAUCUGAUGUUGAAUUUGAGGACCAGUUAGCCUCGGAAAAUGAAAAAACAAAGAACAAAACUAAGAAGAUUCAAUUGCAAGGUCAGGUUUCGAGUUUUUCGUUGCAGAUAAUUAGAUUUGCUAAAAUUUUGGGGAACAUUCUGGAUUCAAUCUUUAAGAGGGGUAUGAUGGAUGAACGCGUCACCUCUGAAAUAGCAUUAGUACACGAAAAUGCACUGGAUAAUUGGAGAAAUCAAUUACCUGAAAUGUAUUAUUUCCAAAUAACCGUAAAUGGAACUGUGAAUUUAGACGAUAUAAGAGCAAACAACUCAAGAAACACCGAAACAAAAUUUGACAGGAAGGACAUAAUUUGUUUUGAGAAAAACGUAUUAUUAUUGUUUUAUUUCUUAGCGAAAUCCAUGAUUCAUUUGCCUGUUAUCGCAACUAAGCCUUUGCCCAAAAAUGUUGACAACUCAACCAAAAAGAAGCACUCGAUGUUCAAUAAUGAUAAUAAAAGUAUUAAUAGCCAAGAUCACUCAGUAGUGGAUGUCGAUAUGACAUCCCCUGCCAUAAGAACAUCAUCUUCAUACAUCAUUUUGCAACAAGCGACAAAUGCGACGCUUACACUUUUCCAAUCCAUUAAUUCAACUUACUUACCGCUACCUUUGAACGUUUCGAGAACUUUGAUUAGAUUCUCGUUAUUAUGUGCUAGAGGAUCUUUAGAAUAUACUAAAGGUGGCGCGUUAUUUUUGGAUAACAAGAACCUCCUUUUGGAUACUAUUAAAGACAUUGAAAAUGACAGGCUUCUUGGUUUGCCCGGAGUCGCCUCUUGGCAUACACUGAAGUUGUUUGACAUGACCAUCAAUUUACUUCUAAAAGCACCUAAUGUAAAAGUGGAAAGAUUAGAUAAGUUUCUGGAAAAGAAACUAAAUUACUAUAAUAGAUUGAUGGGACUGCCGCCAACUACAACUACAUCGUCGGAACCACUUUUCUGCUCUCAAUCUAAGAAUAGUCCAGAUAGUGGAUCAAGAAACUCUAUCGUGAAAAGAGAAAAUCCUGAAAAUGAGUAUCUCUAUGGGGAUGACACAGACAUGGAUAAGCCAUCAACGGAGAAUGCACACAACGUGAACAAGAGGCUAAAGCAUGAAAAAGUUAUUAGCCAAACCAUAGGUGAUGAUAAUAUGUCUAAAAACCAAACCGUAUCAAAGUUUCAGCAGGAUAGCAAGAAAAAUAUGUCUACUAGCAAUUUGUUUCCUUUUUCAUUUAGUAAUACCGACCUUACUGCAUUGUUUACAAAUCCCGAGGGGUUGAAUUUUGCGGACACUAAUGAUUAUGACAGAAAUGAUGGUAGUAAAACUUCUAUGGAUGCGGUAGAUACCAAUAUUGGAAACUUGAGUUUUUUGAAUAUGGCUCCGUUUUUACAAGCAGGCAACGCAAACCAAAACGUAGAUGAUAACAAGGUCGCGGACAAAAAUGCAAUAUUUAGCCUUCCAAGUAACUUGGAUCUAAUGAAAGAUAGCUUGGACUCUAAACUAGAAAUUUCAAGUUCCACUACUAAACAAAAUUCUGAGUUUCUAGACAAUGAUCAGCUACCACCGACAGGUAGAGAUGUUAGUAUGGAAAAGAGCAAUCCGAUUUUCAAUAACAAAAGCAAUUAUAGUCUGACAAAGUUGAUGAGACUGCUAAACAAUGAUAAUUCCUUUUCCAAUAUUAGUAUCAACAACUUUCUUUAUCAAAAUGAGUCUUCAAGGAAUGAUCCAGCUAACAAAGCAGCCACCAAAGUUAGUUCAAACUUCAACCCAGCUUCUACUGCUAGCAAUACGAGUCGAAGCAGUAUCACAGGAAACAAAAAAAAUGGCAUGGAUAAUUGUGAUAUCAACGAUUUUGGCAACUUCAAUAAUUUCAUGACAAAUGUUAAUUAUUCUGGGGUGGACUAUGAUUACAUAGUAGACGCAUCACUUGGGCUGGCUCCUUUACUAGUGGAUACGCCGGAUAUUUCAAAUACUAACACAACAUCUACAACAUCAAAUCGGAGUAAAAACAGCAUAAUAUUGGAUCCAACGUUUAAUGAUGACCCGGAUCGAUUGCGUUCAAAUGCCAGGGAAGUAUUGAACCCCACAGAUUCAAUUUUAAGCCAAGGAAUUAUGUCUUCAAUAAGCCCCAGAACCACCAGCAACCAGAGAUCCCUAUCAUCUGGUAAUUAUUCAAAAAGCAAUGGUAAUUCUCGGAAGAAUUCAAAGAAUGCGAAGAGUGACCAAUCAGAUACACCUUCCACGCUUUUCAAAAUGAAAAGAACGUCGUCAAGCUCUUCCACAUCCCACCGUGGCCCAAGACGCCCUCCGAAGCAUCGUUACGGUACAGAUCAAUCAAAAAGUCCCAGUGACGUAGGUCCCAGUGCGGAUACUCUACCAGACUUAUUCCAAUGGCAAAACGCCAGGUAG